AUUCAAUGAACAAUAGUUCGCUUGCCGAGAUAGAUUGACUUCCUGUCUGACCGUUUCCUGUAUCCAUAGUAACCUUUCUAAUCCUGUCAGUGUCAGUGAGUUAACCAAUGGGGAAGCUAGGAAUUUCCUGCUGAACCGUUCGAUCUAAAAUCCCAUCCAGACUUUACGUUUACUUGAAUCCCAUCAGAUUGUAUUUCGCCGUUUCUAAAAUGAACGUCUGCCUUGGGCCGGAACAAUUAUGAACACAAAACACAAAGACGUAAAUGGAUCUCAUCCUUGCCUCCGCUCGCUGCGGGUAUCGCUUAGAGGCUGUUUAAUUCUGCUACUUAUGCACAAACAGAUACUCUGCUGUCCAAAAGUUUGCCAGGCCUGCAAUGGAAGACAAGUUAAAUGCCGGGACUUGGGUCUAACCACGGUACCGAAAGCCCUACCAAAGACUACAACGCUUUUAUAUUUAAAUGGCAACAAUAUAUCACACAUAAGCACUAAUGAGUUCAUAGAGCUUGAGAAACUUUCAGUUUUGUAUUUGGACAAUUCCAGUGUUUGCUACUUACAUCCUGGAGCGUUUGCGUCAUUGAAAAAAUUGUAUUAUUUGUAUCUAAAUGAUAACUGCAUCAAGCGUUUAUAUCCAGGAGUAUUCGAAGGGCUUUCAGAUCUCAACAUUCUGCACCUCCAGAACAAUCAGAUAGUCUUCCUUCCUCCAGGCUUGUUUGGCCAACUAAAAGCUGUCCGGUACUUAAGUCUUCAGAGAAACCACUUGUGUGUUCUUGGCAACAAUACAUUCUUUGGACUGAUUAGCCUUCGGACGUUAAAUUUAUCCAACAAUAAUAUUUCUCAUAUAUCAGAGGCUGCGUUUCAUCAUCUUGAAGGCCUUGAAAUUCUCUACCUUGAAGGUAACCAUUUAAUGCAAGUACCUACAAAGGCGUUGGAAAUACUAAAACAUCUCAAAAGGCUCUCGCUGUCAAAUAACCCUCUCGGAUCAAUACACAAUUUUGCUUUUCAGGGCUUGGAUUCAAUGCAGUAUUUAUUUUUAGUGAAUUCAAACAUCCAUACUAUACACGAAAAAGCAUUUUAUGGCAUAAACAAUCUCAAACAAUUAAUUUUGAGCCGGAAUGAGUUAAAUACACUUGAUUCAAAAACAUUUACCUACUUAAAUCAUUUAAUGUAUCUGCAAUUAGACAGAAAUAACAUAUGGGCUAUAUCUGACAGUACAUUUGAAGAAAUGGGGGCUUCAUUGAAAGUCCUUAACUUGGCUUUUAAUAACAUGACAUUUCUGCAACCCAAAGUACUCCAGCCUCUGAUUUCAUUAACUCAUUUCCAGGCAAAUUAUAAUCCCUGGAAUUGUGAAUGUGAUUUGCUUGGGAUCAGAAACUUUUUGUUAUUAUCUUCAUUUACAUUUUCCAUUAAUUGCCAGAAUCCAUCUCGGCUCCGUGGAAGGUCUCUGCGCAAUAUCAGGCAGAAUGAAAUAGAAAACUGUUUGAGUGUUAACACGUUACCCCCAAAAGCCCAAGAUGUGGAUUUACUGUCUACGGUUGCUAUACACAGCCAUGCGGAAAGCGCCACGUAUAUGCCUUUGUCGGAUGCAAGCUCCGAAAGUUUCCAGGACGUUUCACUGUCAACAUUGCCCACGUUUACUGAACCAACAGGUUCCAAUGUGCCACGAAACACGUCAGAACUUGACCUUUUGCAUGUGGAAAUCCCACCAAAACACGUGCCAGCAAAUUUAACCCAAGAUGCUGGCAGCCGCUUCCCGCCAGCAGUAAUUACCGUUUCUCUCAAACCUUUAGUGAUAUGCCAGCAGCAAGUGGAAAGUGUGAAUCAGUCUUUUCACAUCUUGCUCUCCUUCUUUGUGUUGUCUUGCGUUGUGAUUAUUUUACUCAGUGUUCAAAUUUUUCGGUUAAGUAAAAAAACAUCGGAAAACCAAGUAGACAAUGUACUGGAGUAUUACAGUUGCUAUCAAUCUAGCAGAUACCAAAUGACCGAACCCGUCAGGAUUACGCCGCCAACCCCAGCACAGUGUUCAGAAAUUGACCUUAUCAGGCCACUUAAGCAAGCCGCACCUGAGACCCAAGUCAUCUUAUUUGAGCACUCUGUCCUCUAAAAUAAAUCCAGGGGACGUAAAUAAAAUCUCAUGUUUAUGUA